AUGCCUACAACAAGUCUUGUUGACACAAAUAACACCGAUGAACAGCAACAACAACAAUUAAUUUCAAAUCGUUCUUCUUAUAUUCAUUUAUUAGCAGGAGGACUUGCUGGCACAUUUGGUGCAGUCCUAACAUGCCCAUUAGAAGUAAUUAAAACGCGUUAUCAAUCAUCGAAAAAUUCCGUUUCGAAAGAAUAUAAUCAUCUUAAUUUACGUUCAUCUAUGAGUAAUACUGUGACUUAUAGUAUUCGUCGUCCAAUGCCAUCACCAAAUAAACGACCAAGUAUCAUAGCUUCGUUUCGAUAUAUUCUAAAAUAUGAAGGUAUUCCAGGACUUUUCAAAGGCUUAGUACCAAAUUUAAUUGGUGUGGCACCAUCUCGGGCAAUUUACUUUUUUGCUUAUGCUAAUACUAAAACAUUUCUAGUCGAAGAAAUGGAACGAGAAACACCAUUGGUACACGUUACAUCAGCAGCUGCUGCAGGUAUUGCUAUGUCUACAUGUACUAAUCCGUUAUGGUUUGUUAAAACUCGACUUCAACUUGAUCAAGGACAUCUUCGUGCUAUGGAUGUUGUUCGAAAUAUUUAUCGUCAAAGUGGUUUUCGAGGCUUCUACAAAGGCAUAUCUGCAUCAUAUAUUGGUGUAUCGGAAACAAUAGUUCAUUUUGUUAUAUAUGAACAAAUAAAAGCUCAAUUACAAUUGAUGCAAGCAAAUCAAAAUCAUUCACCUGAUGAUCCUGAUUUAUUUGAUUUUUUGUCAUAUUUGGGUGCUGCUGCAUGUUCAAAAUCCUGUGCAAGUACGUUAUGUUAUCCUCAUGAAGUUAUUCGAACACGUUUAAGAGAAGAAGGUACUAAAUAUCGAACGCUUAUUCAGACAAUACGAACAGUUAUACAUGAAGAAAGUCUUUCUGGUCUUUAUCGAGGUUUAUUAACACAUCUUAUACGACAAAUUCCUAAUACAGCUAUUAUGAUGAGUACAUAUGAAAUCGUUGUUGCUUUAUUUUCAACAAAUACGACUGUAUCAUCAGCAACAACUGAAGUAACAACUAUACAAACAAAAAAAGUUAGAUUAAAUCAAGUGGAUUCAGAAGCAAAUGCGUUGAAGGAAGCUGAAGCAUAA